AUGGCUACAAAGAGAUCGAGAGCUACUUUUGAAUACGAGCAUUUCCACGCUCCCUACGCCAUAUACGGCACUCCCUUACCCCCCCUUGACCCUGAAGUUCGCGACGAUGACUCCUAUAUCCCGGUUUGGAAGCAGGAGGUGCGGGAUGACCAGGGAAGGAAACGUCUUCAUGGCGCCUUCACUGGAGGAUUCAGUGCUGGGUAUUUCAAUACAGUCGGUUCGAAGGAGGGCUGGACUCCAUCGACCUUUGUAUCUUCCCGUCGCAAUCGCGCAAAAGAUGCGAAGCAACAAACUCCACAACAAAGACCAGAAGACUUUAUGGAUGAGGAGGAUCUGCUCGAAGCGGAAAAUGCAAGGAGGCUUCAAACAGCUGGGGAUUAUACUGGCUUUGGCUCGACGGCCGCUGAUACCACGCGGUUAGGUGGUUUCAUGGAUCUUUUCAAAACCGCUGGGGAUACAAUUGGCGUCAAGCUACUGAAACGAAUGGGCUGGAAGGAGGGACAAGGAAUCGGCCCGAAAGUGCGACGAAAAGCAGACCUUGGCGAUGCAGCUGAUGAACAGUGUGGAGUCCAUUUCUUUGCACCGGCUAACCUUCCAACAAUAAUGUUCUUGAAGAAAAGUGACUAUAAAGGUCUUGGAUAUGAAGGUGAAGCUCGGCUCAAUUCAAAACAACCUAGAAGGGGAGGCUUUGGCGUUGGAGUUCUAAACGAUACUGGUUCUGAUGACGAUGAUCCCUAUGAAAUGGGCCCGCAGAUUUCCUAUAAUCGAUUUAUCGAUUAUGACAAGAAAGCAAAGAAAAUAACCAGCAACAACAGUUCUUCAAUGAAGCCGUCAAUGGGGCUCUCAAAUCCACUAUUAGGCAGCACCAAGCCGGUUUUUAUCUCGAAGAAAAAAGCAGCAGUUGAGAAGACAAAAGCAGGAUUCAGAAAAUGUCACGAUGGACGCCUACCACUGGAUGGAUUCCUUCACGGUAUAAAUAUCGCAUGUUCGACCAUCUCCUCACAUGAGAAAAAGUAUGCGGCACCAGAAAUUCCAAAAGAUUGGAAGCCCACGAAAGAGCCAUCUCGCCCAGGGCCAAUCCAAAAUUAUAUGUCACAUGCUGAAACUGCAAAGACAUCAUCCCUAGAUCCUACAUCGAGAGCUGCACUACUGGGUGAAGACCAAUUACCGGGUAAAUCAGUGUUCGACUACAUGACUCCAGCAGGGCGUGAAAAGAUUGCUAAAGCUACAGGACGCACUGACCUACCCUCAGCCCUUGGGGAGAAGGGACCAGAAAGUUUCGAAACCAGAGAGGCUCCAAACCAAAAAGACCUUUGGAACCUCGUGCCAAAAUUGGACAAAGACCUCGCGACACAAGCCCUUAAUCGUGGGAUUUGUGGCUGGAUGCCUUACGCGGAAGACGAAGCCAAGCGAUCACGAUACCGUUCAUUCCUCGAAGUCCGCGCGGGCCUACGGGACAAGCUCCCCGACCGCGCACCGGACGCAUCGACAGAUAACUGGGUCAUCGAGCUGCAAGAAUUCGCGCGUGCCGCGGAAGUGUUCAAGCCGAUGUCGGGUUUGAUGGCUUCCCGCUCACUCCUCCAAUUCUUCGACGUCUCCGAGCACACCACAUCAAAACAGAAAGAGCAGAUAAUGCCCAACAUGAGACCCUCAUUCGCAGACCAGAUCCAAAACCUCAAGAUCCCGCCGAAGCAGCUGCGAAAAUCGGCAUCAAACAUCUCUUUUGACACGGGUGAUAUCCCUGGCGGUCACGGUUAUGGGGCUCCCAGUCGGAGCCCUACCGCGCCAUCUGGCUCUAAGUUGGAUAUCUUAUCUAAGGAGGCUGUGAAUCGGAUUCUUAUGGGAGCAGGAGCUGUUGAAGCGAUAGGAAGUGCAGGCAUAGUUGGAGCUGAAGGUGAGCAGCAGCAGCAGCAGCAGCAGCAGCUCGAACAGCAACACCUGAAAAAGGAAGAUGUUUUUGUUGAUCCUGGGCGAAACGAGGCACUGGAGGCAGCGAGGCCUGGCGAUGCAGUGUUCAAAGCCAUAUUUGGCAGUGAUGACCAAAACGACGAGGACGAUGAUGAGGGGAUUGAUUGA